CCACCUUCUCAGGCGUUUCGUAACCGAGUAAACUGAGAGUUGGGAACAGCCCUCUAUUAAGUAGCCCGCGUUGCGGAGCCUCUUCCCACUCGACGAAGGCGAGCCUUCCCAGAGGCGUCCGCUCGCCGGCAGCUGCGGUCCCGGGCCGUCUCCGCCUGCCCUGCCGCGCCUGCCGCUCGGCCUGGGAUCCUCAACCGCCUCCUCCUCCCCGGUGGCUCUGCCGCUGCCACCUCCCGGCAGCCGCCAGGUGCGCCUGGAGAGCAGCACCAAUUGCCGCGCGGGCGGAGGUCACACCGAGCGCCAGCUUCUACGACGCCGGGAAACCGCUGUAGCCGCUGCUGCCUCGGUCACCACCGCCUCAGAUCCCUUCAUGUGGUUGUGAGUCCCGAGGCCGAGCAUGCGGACCAGGCUUCCCCCAGCGCUCGCCGCCCUGGGCGCGGCCCUGCUCCUGUCUUCCAUUGAGGCAGAAGUUGACCCACCUUCAGACUUGAAUUUUAAAAUUAUAGAUGAAAAUACUGUUCAUAUGUCAUGGGCAAGACCGGCUGAUCCAAUUGUGGGUUACAGAAUAACAGUGGACCCUACAACGGAUGGGCCUACUAAAGAAUUUACCCUUGCACCUAGUACCACUGAAACCUUAUUAUCAGAGCUUAUACCUGAAGUUGAAUAUGUGGUGACAAUCACUUCAUAUGAUGAAGUGGAAGAAAGUGUACCAGUUAUAGGCCAGCUAACAAUUCAAACAGGUGACUCGAAGAAGAAGCCAGGAGAGAAGAAACCUGGAAAAACCGAGAUUCAAAAAUGCUCUGUCAGCGCCUGGACUGAUUUAGUGUUUCUUGUGGAUGGCUCAUGGAGUGUGGGAAGAAAUAAUUUCAAGUACAUUUUAGACUUCAUUGCUGCUCUUGUGUCUGCCUUUGACAUUGGGGAGGAGAAGACUAGGGUUGGAGUGGUUCAGUACAGCUCUGAUACUAGGACGGAGUUUAACCUAAAUCAGUUCUACCAGAGGGAUGAGCUGCUUGCUGCGAUUAAAAAAAUCCCCUACAAAGGUGGCAACACAAUGACAGGGGAUGCCAUUGAUUUCUUAAUUAAAAAUACUUUCACGGAAUCUGCUGGAGCAAGAGUCGGCUUUCCCAAAGUAGCGAUUAUUAUUACAGAUGGCAAAUCCCAGGACGAAGUGGAAAUUCCAGCAAGAGAGCUUCGAAACAUUGGGGUUGAAGUUUUCUCUUUGGGCAUUAAAGCUGCAGAUGCAAAAGAACUCAAACAAAUCGCCUCCACACCAUCACUCAAUCAUGUUUUUAAUGUGGCCAACUUUGAUGCAAUUGUGGAUAUUCAGAAUGAGAUCAUCUCCCAGGUGUGCUCAGGUGUGGAUGAACAGCUUGGUGAAUUGGUCAGUGGAGAAGAAGUUAUUGAACCGCCUUCAAAUCUGAUUGCCACGGAAGUCUCGUCAAAGUACAUUAAGCUAAGUUGGACUCCAUCUCCAAGCCCGGUCACCGGAUAUAAAGUCCUCCUAACCCCCAUGACCACAGGAAGCAGGCAGCACGCUCUGAGUGUGGGGCCUCAAACGACCAUGCUUAGUGUCCGUGACCUCUCGGCGGACACAGAAUACCAGAUCAGUGUUUCUGCCAUGAAGGGAUUGACAGCCAGUGAACCCAUUUCUAUCAUGGAGAAGACUCAGCCUAUGAAGGUUCAAGUGGAAUGCUCACGUGGUGUGGAUAUAAAAGCUGAUAUUGUGUUUUUGGUUGAUGGCUCCUAUAGCAUCGGGAUCGCAAACUUUGUUAAAGUUAGAGCCUUUUUGGAAGUUCUUGUAAAAAGUUUUGAGAUUUCACCAAAUAGGGUACAGAUAAGUCUUGUCCAGUAUAGCCGGGAUCCUCAUACUGAGUUCACUUUGAAAAAAUUCACCAAAGUUGAAGAUAUCAUUGAAGCAAUAAACACCUUCCCCUACAGAGGAGGGUCUACCAACACCGGGAAAGCAAUGACUUACGUCAGAGAGAAAAUAUUUGUGCCAAGCAAGGGUUCAAGAAGCAAUGUACCAAAGGUCAUGAUUCUUAUCACGGAUGGAAAAUCUUCAGAUGCUUUCAGAGACCCUGCUAUAAAACUAAGGAAUUCAGAUGUUGAAAUCUUUGCAGUUGGUGUGAAGGAUGCAGUUCGCUCAGAGUUAGAAGCUAUUGCCUCCCCUCCUGCUGAGACCCAUGUGUUCACAGUGGAAGAUUUUGAUGCUUUUCAGAGGAUAUCUUUUGAACUUACACAGUCUAUCUGCCUGAGAAUUGAGCAAGAAUUGGCAGCUAUAAAGAAGAAAGCUUAUGUGCCUCCAAAGGAUCUUAGUUUUUCUGAGGUGACCUCCUACAGUUUCAACACCAGUUGGUCUCCUGCUGGAGAAAAUGUUUUUUCAUACCACAUCACCUACAAGGAGGCUACAGAGGAUGGCGAAAUCACGGUGGUGGAGCCAGCCUCAAGCACCAGUGUUGUCCUCAGCAAUCUGAAGCCAGAGACCCUGUACUUGGUCAACGUGACCGCAGAGUAUGAAGAUGGCUUCAGCAUCCCCCUAGCUGGACAGGAGACCACGGCAGAAGUCAAAGGAGCACCUCGAAACCUAAAGGUGACGGAUGAAACUACGGAUAGUUUUAAAAUUACCUGGACUCAAGCCCCAGGGAGAGUCUUAAGGUAUCGGAUUAUCUAUAGGCCAGUUACUGGUGGAGAAAGCAAAGAGGUCACCACCCCAGCCAAUCAGAGGAGGCGGACACUGGAGAACCUGACUCCAGACACAAAAUACGAAGUAUCUGUAAUUCCUGAAUAUUUCUCGGGACCUGGCACUCCGCUGACUGGGAAUGCAGCCACUGAAGAAGUUAGAGGGAACCCAAGAGACUUACGAGUCACUGACCCUACAACAUCAACUAUGAAAUUAUCUUGGAGUGGGGCGCCAGGAAAAGUGAAACAGUACCUCGUCACAUAUACGCCGGUGGCAGGAGGUGACACUCAAGAGGUCACUGUUCGGGGAGAUACAACCAAUACGAUACUGAGAGGAUUAAAAGAAGGGACGAAUUAUGCCUUGUCUGUGACAGCCUUGUAUGCGUCCGGGGCUGGAGAAGCUCUUUUCGGAGAAGGAACGACACUUGAAGAGCGUGGUUCACCUCAGGGUUUGGUUACCAAAGACAUCACUGACACAUCCAUUGGUGCUUACUGGACAUCUGCUCCUGGAAUGGUUCGAGGUUAUAGGGUCUCGUGGAAAUCACUCUAUGAUGAUAUUGAGGCUGGAGAGAAGAGUCUUCCUGGAGAUGCCAUUUACACUGUGAUAGAAAACCUGCAGCCAGAGACCAAAUACAGAGUUUCAGUAUUUGCAACUUACAGCAGUGGAGAAGGAGAACCCGUGAGUGGAGAAGCCACAACUGAAUUAUCUGAAGAUGCAAAAACCUUGAAAGUGGACGAAGAAACAGAAAACACCAUGAGAGUUACCUGGAAACCGGCACCUGGGAAAGUCCUGAACUAUCGUGUUGUGUAUCGACCCCGUGGGGGUGGGAGGCAGAUGGUGGCCAAAGUGCCACCUGCAGUCACCUCAACAGUGUUGAAGCGACUUCAGCCCCAGACCACGUAUGACAUCACAGUCCUCCCAAUUUACAAGGCUGGAGAAGGAAAACAUAGGCAAGGAUCAGGAACGACAGCUUCUCGAUUUAAGUCACCCAGAAACCUCAGAACAUCUGACCCAACCAUGUCAAGCUUCCGGGUGACCUGGGAGCCUGCACCUGGGGAGGUGAAGGGUUACAAGGUCACAUUUCACCCCACGGGGGAUAAUGGAAGACUGGGGGAGCUGGUGGUUGGACCCUAUGACAACACGGUCGUUUUGGAGGAACUUAGGGCAGGUACCACCUAUAAAGUAAAUGUUUUUGGAAUGUUCGAUGGAGGAGAAAGUUCACCACUUGUUGGACAAGAAAUGACAACCCUUUCUGACACAACUGUAAUGCCAAUUUUAUCUUCUGGGAUGGAAUGUCUUACCCGGGCUGAAGCAGACAUUGUGUUGCUGGUGGAUGGAUCAUGGAGCAUUGGCCGGGCGAACUUUAGAACUGUGAGGAGCUUCAUUUCUCGUAUCGUGGAAGUCUUUGAGAUUGGUCCCAAGAGAGUGCAGAUUGCUCUUGCUCAGUAUAGCGGCGACCCCAGAACAGAGUGGCAGUUAAAUGCUCACAGAGACAAGAAGAGCUUGUUGCAGGCUGUGGCCAACUUACCCUACAAAGGAGGCAAUACCCUCACGGGCAUGGCUUUGAAUUUCAUUCGCCAACAGAGCUUUAAGACCCAAGCUGGCAUGAGGCCCCGAGCUCGAAAAAUUGGUGUUCUUAUCACUGAUGGAAAAUCUCAAGAUGACGUUGAGGCACCUUCUAAGAAACUGAAGGAUGAAGGCGUGGAGCUCUUUGCUAUUGGUAUUAAAAAUGCUGAUGAAGUUGAGUUAAAGAUGAUUGCAACAGAUCCCGAUGAUACCCAUGCCUACAACGUGGCAGAUUUUGAGUCACUUUCCAGGAUCGUGGAUGACCUCACCAUCAACUUGUGUAACAGUGUCAAAGGCCCAGGUGACUUGGAAGCACCUUCUAACCUAGUGAUUUCUGAGAGGACUCACCGUUCUUUGAGAGUGAGCUGGACGCCCCCUUCUGACAGCGUGGAUAGGUACAAAGUGGAAUAUUACCCAGUGUCCGGAGGGAAACGUCAAGAAUUUUACGUAAGCCGAUUGGAGAGUAGCACGGUACUGAAAGAUCUGAAGCCUGAAACUGAGUAUGUUGUCAAUGUGUAUUCUGUGGUAGAAGAUGAAUACAGUGAGCCUCUGAAGGGCACAGAAAAAACCUUGCCGGUCCCUGUAGUCAGCCUGAACAUUUAUGACGUUGGCUCAACUGCCAUGCGAGUGCAGUGGCAGCCAGUGGGCGGGGCUACUGGCUAUGCCUUGUCCUAUGAACCCAUCAACGCCACACAACCGGCCACACCCAAGGAGAUGCGUGUGGAACCAACAGUGAAUGAUGUGCAGCUGAGUGACCUCUUUCCCAACACAGAGUACAAGGUCACGGUCCAGGCCUCUCUGUAUGACCUCACCAGCGAACCAGUCACUGCGAGGGAGGUCACCUUGCCUUUGCCCAGUCCUCGAGAUCUGAAACUCAGAGACGUGACUCACAGCACCAUGAAUGUCUUAUGGGAACCUGCGCCGGGACAAGUGCGUAAAUACGUUGUCCGCUACAAAACACCAGAAGAGGAUUUCAAAGAGGUAGAGGUGGACAGGUCACAGACCAGUACGCCUCUCAAAGACCUCUUCUCGCAAACCCUGUACACUGUCAGCGUUUCUGCUGUGUAUGAUGAAGGGGAGUCUCCCCCUGUGACUGCUCAAGACACCACCCGCACUGUGCCAGCUCCAACAAACCUAUGGAUCUCUGAAGUAACGCCAGAGAGUUUCAGAGGCACUUGGGAUCAUGGAGCUUCCGAUGUAUCGCUCUACAGAAUCACCUGGGCACCUUCUGGAAGCACAGAUAAGAUGGAGACCAUCCUGAAUGGAGAUGAGAAUACUUUGGUGUUUGAAAACCUGAACCCGAACACUCUCUAUGAAGUGUCUGUGACUGCCAUCUACCCUGAUGAGUCAGAAAGUGAUGAUCUGAUUGGCAGCGAGCGCACACUGCGUUUGAUACCCUUAACAACACAAGCUCCCAAAAGCGGCCCACGAAACCUUCAGGUGUAUAAUGCAACAUCCAACAGCUUGACUGUUAAGUGGGAUCCUGCUAGUGGUCGCGUGCAGAAGUACCGAAUCACCUAUCAGCCUUCAACAGGGGAAGGCAAUGAACAGACGACCACAGUGGGAGGACGACAGAACAGUGUGCUCCUGCAGAAGCUGAAGCCCGACACACCUUACACAAUCACGGUGUCCUCACUGUACCCUGAUGGGGAAGGCGGCCGCAUGACUGGAAGAGGCAAGACCAAACCCUUGAAUACUGUGAGGAACCUCAGAGUGUAUGACCCUUCCACCAGCACUUUGAACGUUCGCUGGGACCAUGCAGAGGGCAAUCCUCGCCAGUACAAGCUCUUCUAUGCGAUGGCAGGCGGUCCAGAGGAAAUGGUACCAAUCCCUGGGAAUACCAAUUAUGCCAUUCUUAGGAACCUGCAGCCGGAUACCCCAUACACCAUUACAGUAGUUCCCGUUUAUUCGGAAGGUGAUGGAGGACGCACAUCAGAUACUGGCAGGACGUUGGUAAGAGGGGUGGCAACAAACAUCCAAGUGUACAAUCCAACGCCAAACAGCCUGGAUGUCCGCUGGGACCCAGCGCCAGGGCCCGUGCAGCAGUAUCGCCUUGUGUAUUCUCCCCAGGCCGGCACUCGACCCUCAGAGUCUAUUGUGGUGCCAGGAAACACCCGCAUGGUGACGUUGGAACGGCUGAUUCCGGACACCCCCUAUUCUGUGAACAUCGUGGCCCUCUACGCGGAUGGGGAGGGUGAUCCCAGCCCUGCCCAGGGACGAACAUUGCCACGAAGUGGACCAAGAAACCUGAGAGUCUUUGGGGAGACAACCAACAGUCUCUCGGUAGCCUGGGACCAUGCAGAUGGGCCAGUGCAGCAGUACAGGAUCAUCUAUUCCCCUACUGUCGGUGAUCCAAUUGAUGAAUAUACCACAGUCCCAGGCAGAAGAAAUAAUGUAAUACUACAGCCCCUGCAGUCUGAUACCCCGUAUAAAAUUACUGUUAUUGCUGUUUAUGAAGAUGGAGAUGGAGGCCAUUUGACAGGAAAUGGAAGAACUGUGGGAUUACUUCCUCCUCAGAACAUACACAUCUCUGACGAGUGGUAUACGAGAUUCAGGGUGUCCUGGGAUCCUUCACCCUCUCCAGUCCUUGGAUAUAAAAUUGUGUACAAGCCAGUGGGUUCCAACGAGCCCAUGGAAGUCUUUGUUGGAGAAGUGACAUCAUACACGUUGCACAAUCUCAACCCCAGCACCACCUAUGAUGUCAAUGUGUAUGCUCAGUAUGAUUCUGGACUCAGCGCCCCUCUGGCGGACCAGGGCACUACAUUGUAUUUGAAUGUGACAGAUCUGAAAACUUACCAGGUUGGGUGGGACACUUUCUGUGUCAGGUGGUCAGCUCAUCGGGCAGCCACUUCCUACAGGCUGAAACUAAGCCCUUCAGAUGGAACGAGAGGGCAAGAAAUUACAGUGCGAGGAUCAGAAACCAGCCACUGCUUCACUGGCCUGUCACCAGACAAUGAUUAUGGUGUCACUGUCUUUGUGCAGACACCAAAUCUUGAAGGACCCGGAGUCUCUGUCAAAGAGCACACUACUGUAAAACCAACAGAAGCCCCUACAGAGCCACCCACACCUCCUCCACCUCCAACGAUUCCACCUGCCCGUGAAGUAUGCAAGGGGGCCAAGGCAGAUAUUGUGUUCUUGACUGAUGCCUCCUGGAGUAUCGGGGAUGAUAAUUUUAACAAAGUGGUAAAAUUCAUCUUCAAUACUGUGGGGGCCUUUGAUGAAAUCAGUCCUGCUGGAAUUCAGGUCUCAUUUGUGCAGUACAGUGACGAGGUCAAGUCUGAGUUUAAGCUGAACACCUACAAUGACAAGGCUCUGGCCCUUGGGGCCCUCCAGAAUAUUCAGUACCGAGGAGGAAACACAAGAACAGGCAAGGCUCUCACGUUUAUUAAGGAGAAGGUCUUGACCUGGGAGAGUGGGAUGAGGAAGAAUGUCCCCAAGGUGCUGGUGGUGGUUACGGAUGGUCGGUCCCAGGAUGAGGUCAAGAAGGCGGCUUUGGUCAUCCAGCAGUCAGGGUUCAGUGUCUUUGUAGUUGGUGUGGCCGACGUCGACUACAAUGAACUUGCCAACAUCGCCAGCAAACCAAGUGAGCGGCAUGUGUUCAUCGUGGAUGACUUCGAAUCUUUUGAGAAGAUAGAGGACAACCUCAUCACGUUUGUCUGUGAAACUGCCACUUCAAGUUGUCCUCUUAUUUAUCUGGAUGGCUACACCUCACCGGGUUUUAAGAUGCUUGAAGCGUACAACCUGACAGAAAAGAAUUUUGCCUCCGUACAAGGUGUCUCUUUGGAGUCAGGGUCUUUCCCCAGCUACUCAGCUUACAGGCUUCAGAAGAACGCCUUUGUGAAUCAGCCUACAGCAGAACUACAUCCAAAUGGACUUCCUCCUUCAUAUACGAUUAUAUUAUUAUUCAGACUUCUCCCAGAAACUCCCAGUGACCCUUUUGCAAUCUGGCAAAUCACAGACAGAGAUUACAAACCACAAGUUGGAGUGAUUGCAGAUCCUUCUAGCAAGACGUUAUCAUUCUUUAACAAGGAUACAAGGGGUGAGGUGCAAACUGUUACAUUUGACACAGAUGAAGUGAAGACAUUAUUUUAUGGAAGUUUUCAUAAGGUUCAUAUCGUAGUGACCUCAAAAAGUGUUAAGAUUUAUAUCGACUGCUAUGAAAUUAUAGAAAAGAACAUCCAGGAAGCUGGAAAUAUCACAACUGAUGGUUAUGAAAUUCUUGGAAAACUACUUAAAGGGGAGAGGAAAUCAGCCACAUUCCAAAUCCAGAACUUUGAUAUCGUCUGUAGUCCAGUGUGGACCAGUAGAGACAGAUGCUGUGAUAUUCCCUCCAGGAGAGAUGAAGCAAAAUGUCCUGCUCUUCCAAACGCUUGCACGUGUACCCAGGACAGCGUUGGACCUCCUGGACCACCAGGCCCCGCGGGAGGACCUGGUGCUAAAGGUCCCAGAGGUGAAAGAGGUAUCAGUGGGGCAGUUGGUCCUCCUGGUCCUCGUGGGGAUAUGGGUCCUCCUGGUCCCCAGGGUCCUCCAGGACCCCAGGGUCCCAACGGCCUCUCUAUUCCUGGAGAACAAGGUCGCCAGGGCAUGAAGGGUGAUGCUGGAGAGCCAGGACUUCCAGGCCGGACAGGAACCCCAGGACUACCUGGCCCACCAGGGCCAAUGGGGCCUCCAGGAGAUAGGGGCUUUACAGGAAAAGAUGGAGCAAUGGGACCCAGGGGUCCCCCUGGGCCACCGGGAAGCCCAGGCUCUCCAGGGGUCACAGGACCAAGUGGAAAACCAGGAAAACCUGGAGACCAUGGCAGACCAGGCUCAUCUGGAUUGAAAGGAGAGAAAGGUGACAGGGGAGACAUCGCUUCCCACAACAUGAUGCGAGCAGUUGCAAGACAAGUCUGUGAACAAUUGAUAAGUGGUCAGAUGAGCAGAUUCAAUCAGAUGCUGAAUCAGAUUCCAAACGAUUACCACUCCAAUCGCAACCAGCCAGGUCCACCAGGUCCCCCAGGGCCCCCUGGCAGUGUGGGAGCCAGAGGAGAACCAGGCCCUGGGGGACGGCCAGGCUUCCCCGGCACCCCAGGGAUGCAGGGACCCCCAGGUGAACGAGGUUUGCCAGGAGAGAAAGGCGAAAGAGGUAUUGGAUCUCCAGGACCUCGAGGGCUGCCGGGCCCCCCAGGUCCACAAGGAGAAUCCAGAACGGGUCCACCGGGGUCCACAGGUUCAAGAGGUCCUCCUGGUCCCCCUGGUCGUCCUGGAAACUCAGGUAUCCGAGGCCCCCCAGGUCCUCCUGGAUACUGCGACUCGUCUCAGUGUGCCAGCGUCCCAUACAACGGACAGGGCUAUCCAGGUUCCGGCUAACAAAUUUUCUAAGUCGCCAGUGCUGCUUACAGUUUGAAUACCUGAAAAUCCUGUUUCUGAGAUGUUUGCGCACGCGCUUAUUAGGAAAUGAGUCUGUAUGGAAAUCUCACCACAGAUAUGGUUAAUGAACCGGGUCGACAUCAAAAAGGAGGGUGGAGACUCUUUAUACUAACUUGAAUGAGACAAAAGCAGUGGUGUUAGUUUAUAAGCCUGAUGCAUUUUCAUAAUAAUGUAUAAAAAUGCUAUUUAAAAAAAAAAAGUUCAAACACAGCUCAUGAGGCGCCUCGGUCAUGAAGGAGGCGCAUAAACUACUAACCGAGGAGAUGAUGCCAUUUUGAUAAAAACGAUUAACCUGGUUAAAGAGAAAUAUCUUAUGUAAAUAAUAAACUAAUUAUGGCUUGUAAAUGAUUUGUAUGGACCCCGUCCACUAAAAGCACUUACCAAUUCUACCAUCAGCUUCUGCAUCAAAGCCUGCUGCUUGCUCUCUGCUGGAAUAACACCAAAUAGAAUCUCCUUCUCUCUUGCUUCAUUUGUCCACGUCAGGCCACGUGUUAUUAUUAUUAUUACCUUUUGUACAUGUACUCUCAUUUGGGUUUUGUGAUGGCAAUUUUCAAACCAAAGUUUUAUAGUCACUUUUUUCCUUCCUGUGUUGCUCUGGUCCCUGGUGGUUGUACCCACCAGCUGUGUAACUCAGUCUGUGGGACAGCCAGCCACAGACAGUGUCAUGUACUGUAUAUGACCUGGUGGUAGUUGAUUUUCACCUCCAGAGUUCAGUUUCCAGGAGCCAAUAUAACUUCCCCUCACCCCCUCCUCUUUCCACAUUGCUUUUGGAACUGAGGAAUUUGCAGUGACCAAGAGUUACUCGGGAUUUCUGAAAACCCCUCCUAGGUUGGUUGACAGUUCUCUUUGGCCCAGUCUCUGACCUUUCCCAGGUUAUUUGUGCAAUGAUUAUAUUUACUGCUGGAUCUUUGAAGGUUAAAAAAAUGAGGGCCAUUUAGUUAUUGGAUCACCAAAUUCUCUCCGCAAAUGGAAGUAAUCAGAGCUUUCUAAUUUAUGGGUUUAUAGUUAUGACAGUAAGAUGGAGCACCAUCACCUUGGGUGGCGAUUUAGUUUUGCUGUGUGUGUUCCUUCCCAAUCAUGCUGUAACUGUAAUGUUGAAUCGGACAGAGCCCUACGUGCCCGAGGGCGGGGCCUACCUGCCUGAGCGCGAGCCCUUCAUCGUGCCGGUGGAGCCUGAGCGGACUGCGGAAGAGUACGAGGACUACGGCGCAGAUGAGCCGGCCCACGAGCGCCCUCCACACGUGCGCUGGAGGCGUGCCCUGCCCCGCGGCCCCUGGCAGUGAACCUGACCCCGCGCAGGACAACACGGAGGGGCGGGGGGAGGUGUCGGAUUCUCCUUUGCAGGUCCUGUUUCUUCACUUUCUGACUGUAGAGAACCUUGUUUUUGCAGGAAGCCUAGCUCGCUGCAUGCAGUCGGUAGAAAUCUUUGCCUUUUCCCUUGAAAUGCUUGCAAAAUCCUUUGUUUACAAAAGCUGCAGGGAGAGAACGUGCCUUGUGCGUUUAGUUAGCACAGCGGGCAGCCUCAGUGAAACUCUUAGGUUAAGCAGUAAGUCCUGGAGCCCAGAACUACUGUGUAUGUUGAGAGGGCAGUUUUUGUCUUUUUUCCAAUACUUAUUUGCAAUUCAGUUACAUCAGGAUUCAAGCAAUCCCUCUCCUAAAACCAAAGAGGAGGGGAAAGUCAACUCCUUUACAAUUAUUUAUCUUCCUCUUUUAUCUUCUGUAAUACAUUAGGGCAUAGAGUGCUCUUAUACAUCUCCUGUAACAGCCACAAACUUUAAGCCAUGUAGCUGAAAGUAUUGUAUCAACUGGAUACAGUUCCAUAUUGCCUUAAACCUCCUUGUUUUAGACACACUAACAUUUAUACCAAAUCGCAGAUUAUUCUGCAGAGAUGGAAUUGCAUGUUUGUGUUGUAUAUUUAGUAUGAACUUUUUUUUUAGAACAUAAUGUUUCUUAGUUAUCAAAAGCAGUUGGAAAAUGUUUGCAAGACUAUGAACAUAGAAUUGCUGCUUUUAUAUUUUAACUGCAGAUUGUGAAUUUCACUGCCUUAUAUUAUUUAUUUCUGAAACAAAAGAGGCAUUUUUCAAUAAAACUACUGAAAAUUGGA